AUGUCUAGCGCACAGAGUGAUUGGUGUGCGGUCUUCAACCCCUCCUUCGACAUCGUAGCAUUCGACCCUCUCGACCCGCAGAAGCGCUAUCACGAAGGUAUCUUUGUCGAAGAUAAUCACGAAACCCAGGACGGAGUAAUGUUCCACGUCACGGGCGACAUUAUCGCCCCAAGCGGCAUGUAUUUUGAUUUGAAGGAAGGGUAUUCAGCGCAGGCUUCCGUCCAUCUACACAGCUACCCGCAGAUUGGAUGGGUCCGACGAGCGGAUUUCGAACCAGGGAGAAUUGAGGCUAUGUUGAGGGCUCUGCCGACGCCGACUAAGCAGCAGGGAUUGAACUUCUGGGGGAAGGGCCCGUCAUCUGGUUACCAUGAGUAUAUCUGGACCAAAGAAAAUGGGGAACCAUAUAGGCCUGGGGAGCAGCGACGACCGAUCAUUAAGUGUAAUGAAUGGACCCAUCAGAUGGCCAUCCCCGCGUUGAUUAAUGCUGGCAUUCUGCGCACUACGCGCUCCUAG